UGGCGCCUCUAGCAGCAGCUUUGCGCCACUUGCGAGACAAACUGCACAGAGCCUUUGUGGAUCCCGUCUGUGUCAAUGAAUGGAGGGGAGCUGGUGGAGCAGGGAAGGCGGCGAGACGACUCGUCUGGACAAUGAGUGCUCAACUUCGGCUGCACGACGCGCAAAGUUGCUAGAAGGAGCUUCACGCACGAAGCUGCAGGUUUAAAGGCCCCGUAGAGGGUUUUCUUUCUUUCUUUCUCCUCGAAAUCCUGCACCGACCGAGCUUCACCGAGAAACGGUGGACGUCGAGGAGAUUUCUUCUUCUUCUUCUGCAUGUGUGCAGCCUGCAACAGGUUAUUAAGAGCUUAGCGGCGCGUCCAGCCCGCAGCUGUGCCACAUUAUCUCUACGGUGACUUGGAUGCUUUAUUUUGCGUCUGUUUUCCGACCGUUCAUACGGUGAUAUGUGCUGCAGCAUUGUGCUCGAUCCUCCAGCCAGAGCGCAGCGCGUUUCACAGGAGGGAAUGAGGAGAAAAUGGCAUAGAGAAGACUGCUAGUCACACAGUUGUUUUUUUUUGUUGUUGGCUGAUCAUACCGACAGACAGACCUGAGGAGCCAGUGUUGGUGCAGAGGAGGAUUUCAGCAACUACUGAGUGCGUAGAUGGUGCCAAACAAGUGGACCAUGAACUCAGUCCUGCACAAAUCGCCACCAAGGAGCUGGCUUGGUCUCAGAUUACGAAUCAAUGACAAGCCUGUCCAGGAGGAGGACGGGGUGGUGUGUCAGCAUCCCGAGUGCCCCGAUCGCCGCAGGGCCUCUAAGGUUUGCCACCACCCAGACUGCCAAGACCUGAAUAGCAAAAGCCCCCUUCACCUGUGUGAGUCAUGUGACUCACGCUGCCAUUCGGAGAACACAGACAACAUGCACUUUGAUCGGCACCCCCGAUUCGACUUACAACCUCAAGCCUCCAUCCUGGCUCGGAACGUGUCCACGCGCUCCUGUCCCCCACGCACCAGCCCCCCCUCCGACCUGGAGGAAGAGGAAGAGGGGAGCAAUGACCGCGGGGAGCGUAAAACCGUGGGGAUGAAGCUGGUGAAAAAGAAGCAACGGAGACGACACACCGAUGACCCCAGUAAGGAGUGCUUCAGCCUCAAGUUUGACCUCAAUGUGGACAUAAACACAGAAAUUGUACCUGCUAUGAAAAAGAAAACGCUGAGAGAGGUUCUGGGUCCAGUGUUUGAGAGGAACGGCAUUGAACUGUCCCGGGUGGAUUUGUUCCUGGAUCAGUCCAAUACGCCGCUGUCCCUCAACUUCGAGGCCUACCGUUUUGGAGGACACUACCUCAAAGUAAAAGCACGACCAGGUGAUGAGCUGAAGGUAGAACAAGGUGUGAAGGACCUGCGGUCGCUCAGCCUGCCCAACAUGAAGCCCUCAGGAGGCCAGAGCCCCUACAUCCUCACCCCAGGCAUUGAGAAAGUAGAGCAUGGAUCUCUUGGACGCCGUGAAAGCAUAGAUCUGUUGGGUCAGGCCCGACGGAGGAAGAACAUGACAGAAUUCCUGGGGGAGACGAAUAUUCCAACCCCAGAUGCUCUGGGGCAGAUCGGUGGCUCUCUGCCCAUCAUCGGUGGUGGACCUGACAGCUGGAAGAACCGAGCCGCCAGCCGCUUCAGCGGAUUCUUCAGCUCCAACACCGGAGCGGGACCCUUCGUCAAGGAGGUGGAUCGUCUGGAGCAGCUUCAGAACAAACUCCACUCCUACAUGUUGUUCGGGCUGCCAACGGUGCCGCGGCAGCUCUCCUUCCACCAGGACUCCUGGGAGGGGGAGGGGGAGGAGACCAACCUGGCGCUGGAGGAGAGCUGGCAGAAGCUUCUGGACAACUCAGAGACGUUGACAAGGCGGCAGUCCCACCAGCAGGAGGCCAUCUGGGAGCUGCUGCACACCGAGGCUACCUACAUCAAGAAACUCCGAGUGAUCACUGAUUUGUUCCUAAGUGGGCUGCUGAACCUGCAGGAGAGUGGUCUGCUGACGGAGGUGGAGCCCACCAAACUGUUCAGUAACAUCCAGGAGAUUGUCCGCCUCCACACCUCCCUGUGGAACCAGGUCAUGCUGCCCGUCCUGAACAAGGCCAGGCAGGCUCGGGCUCUGCUCGACCCCGCUGACCUCCACGACGGCUUCAGGACGUUUGGCUCCAGGUUCCAGCCCUACAUCCGUUACUGCAUGGAGGAGGAGGGUUGUAUGGAGUACAUGCGCACGCUUCUCAGGGACAAUGAGCUCUUCAGGACCUACGUCACGUGGGGAGAGACCCAUAAACAGUGUAACCGCCUGAAGCUGGCCGACAUGUUGGCAAAGCCUCACCAGAGGCUGACCAAAUACCCCCUCCUACUGAAGAGUGUCCUCAAGAAGACUGAUGAGCCAUCCGCCCGCGAUGCCGUCAACAGCAUGGUGGCAACAGUAGAGGGCUUCAUAAACAGCGUGGACUCUCAGAUGCGACAGCGGCAGGAGCAGCAGAAGCUGGCCACCAUCUCUGCCCGUAUCGACUCAUACGAGGCUGUAGAAGGCAGCAGUGAAGAAGUGGAGAAGAUCCUUAAGGAGUACAACCGUUUUGACCUUAUGGCUCCCAUGAGAGGAGUAUCACCGGAGGAGACUCGACAGCUGCAUCUAGAGGGAGCGCUGAGGAUGAAAGAGGGCAAAGACAGUAGGAUGGAGGUUUACUGUUUCCUGUUCACUGACCUGCUGCUAAUUACCAAGCCAGUAAAAAGAGUGGAGAAAGUCAAAAUUAUCCGCCAGCCUCUCCUCAUUCACAACGUUGUCUGCAAGGAGCUCAAAGACCCCGGCUCGUUCAUCCUCAUCUACCUCAAUGAGUUCAAGAGUGCAGUGGCAGCCUACACUUUCCAAGCCAACAGCGCCACCCAGGGGCGGAGCUGGAUAGAUGCUAUCUGCAAUGUCCAGAACCAGCUGCAGAGGCUUCGUACCGAGGAAAUCCUCCGGCAGCAGAAAAAUCUGAAGAGAUGUACGGAGCAUGACGACGAAGAGGAGGAGGAGGAAGAUGAAAGCAGCAACUCCACCACAAGUUCGCCCUGCCUGAGGCACAAGGAGCAGCUGAAUUCAAGUCAAUCAGAUGGUUCCACUGAGACCCUGUCAGUGAUGGACGUUGAUGAGGCGGUGGAACAUCAAGAAUCUCCUGCCCCCAUCCUGAUCAUUGAGGGAAUCACUACUAAAGACUCAGACACGGAUGCCGUUCAGUUUUCUGAAAGGCCUGAGAUCCAGCACACCACAAGCCCCCGCAGAGACCACUCCAGUAUUUACUCUGAGCACAAUCAGGAGGUGAGGCCUGACGGCGAAGGGCUGGACCCCCAGUGUCGCUCUCUUUCCAUUGACAGCGCCUACGGUACCCUCUCACCUGAAUCCCUCCUGAAAGAACUGCAGCCACAGCCUGGCCAAAGUGAAGGAGAGGAGACCGAGGAGGAGGAGGGAGAAAGGGAGGGUCAGGGUGAGGCAGAAAUAGAGGAGGAGGAGGAAGAGGAGGAUGCCUCGCUGGGGUCCCAGCUGUCAGUCAUCCAGCCCCCCUGUAAACCUCGCCGGCGGCCUCACGUUCAGGCACGUCUCCACUGCCUCCAGAGGUUGUCCUCUCUGAAGUUGUCCCGCUCUGAGGACAAUCUCCUGCAACGCUUCCACGGUAAAACUCCCAUCAGCCACACGCACUCACUCAGCUCUGAGGCGCAGGACCAAUCACAGUGUGUGGACUCAUUGCUGGCACACAGCAGGAGCCUGUCGGAGCUGGGACAAAAGUGCAGAGAGGUGUUUUCCAGUGACCUCGACCAGUCUGAUGACUGCUUGAGCAUAACCGUGCCCUCUGAUAAAGUUAGUGCCACCCAAGCUGGACCAUGCGAGGGUAAUGAGUCCCCAAACAACAGCUCAGAUGGGGAAACGGCUCCAUCUACCUGCUCAGAUAAGAAAUGCAAGUCAAUGGCAACCAGUGAUUCAGAGGAAAUGUCACCUGCAAAGAGGAAAUCUCCAGCCCAGCAGCACAAGAAGCUGACACUAGCUCAGCUGUACAAGAUACGCACCACUCUCGUCCUCAACUCCACACUGACGGCAUCAGAGGUGUAACCACAGAGGCUGUUCAGUGGCAUGCGGACAUUACAAGGAACAACACACUUGUUUUUUUGGUUUUUUUGUUUGUUUUUUAUGAGGAUGGACUGAAUUUCUCCAGACACGAAUGCACUCUUCCUCUUACUGCUCUCUCCCUUCCUGUUGGUUUUUUGGACAGUGACUGUACCAUUAUUACAUUUUAACAAUAACAAUCCCAUUUUGUGUUCAGUUUGCUUUUGCAUUGGUUUCUGAAUUUCUCAAAACGGAAGGGAGAGGCAGAGAGACACUAACCGCUUGCACUUUGCAACAGAAGUAGCAUUUUGGGGGCUGGGACCUUAAGGUGGACUGAGGGAGUGUGAAAGGGAUGGACGUGCUGCCCCUGCAGAGAGAGCAGACAUUCAGACAGAGUCCUAAAACCUCGUCUCGUACUCUGAAAGAGGUGCAGCUGAAUCCUGCACCUCUUUUCUCUCCUGACUUGAAGAGAGGGACACCAGAUGCUCUCUACACAUGGCUAAAAAAGACAAAACAGCACCUAGGACGACCUCCUGAUACAUGUACUACUCCUGGUUUGCUUCAACAAAAGAGAAAAAAUGAAAAUUGCACAGUUAUCUUUGUUAAGUAGAAGAAUCACUAAAGGGUGAAUUUACAUUUACAGUCACACAAUGAACUUGUUUGUGUUUGCUUGUGUACAGAUGUAUGAAUGUUUGUUCGAAUGAUACAUGCUCUUUGAUUCCUGACUGAACCAAAACUGAUCCCCAUCUCCUAUGAACGUGCUAAUGCACCCAAAGACGAAAGACCUGUGUAGCCCAGAGACAAAACAGCCGCGUCAUGACAGAGAUUGAUUUCUGCUGCCUUCAAAUGGAAAGUGCAAGCUUCUAGUAGCUAUUUGGGAAGUUGUGCGCAUGAAACACUUUCAAGUGGUGGCAUUAACUCUAAGUUGUGAUAACACUGCUGCUAGGAACCAGCGACAUAGGUGUUACUGUCAGCCUUUAGAAGCCACUGUGAAUACAAAUUUAGCGAGCUAAUUAGUGGGAAAUGCAAAUGCACAAUGAAGCGAUGAAGCUGUUGGACAGACCAACAUUAUACUGAGGCAUUAUAAAAGACUAAAUUACAAUAUAUUACCUUACAGUCCACUGAAAUAUGACCUUUUGUGGCACUUCUGAAAACAUCAGCCUCCAUUUGAAGGCAGCAUUCCUUCUGUACCGUUAAGUUUUGAUUGGUAUGUCGAACUAAUGAGAUAUUUCUUAUAUAAAAAAUGACUGAAUAUAGAUGACUACAGCUGUUUUGUGGAAUUUCCUGCACUAUAUAUUUUGGCGUGAACCAUAAAUGUAUUAAAACUACAUGUAAAGGUGCACAAACCAGAACUGGGUCACAGGAAUGAAAAAAAAAAAAAAAACGUCUAGACUUGUCUGCGUUUCUUUGCUGUUAACAGGUUGAAGAAAAAAGGUUUGGGGUGAAUAUUCUGUCAUGAGUGAAUCUGCAGAGCUUUGGCUGAACAGCUUUCACCAGGAGAUUAAGAAACAAACUUAACAUUCACACAUUGACGUUUGGCUUUUCACAUCAGCGAUUAUUAACCUUACUCCAAACAUUGCCCAAACCAAAUAGGUUAACUGUGUUUACUUUUAGUUUUUUUUUUGUUUAUGUGUAAUAUUUAUUAUGCCUGCUAUGUUUUAUAUAUAAGAUAUUGUUUAUAUUGUUUGCUUCCAUGAUUUGUACAUUUUUUUUUGUCAAUGUAGUCUUAAUUUUUUUUCUUGCCAGGCAUUAAUGUGCUAUGAACCAAAAUCAUGUGUUUCCUCUUUCAGGAAUGACUAAAGUGUCUUACGAAAUAAAUUUAAAAAAACCCCAGCUAAAACACUUUACAAUCCCUCUUUUAGUGGUUUAAUCCAAUGUAAUGGAGUGAUUUUAGGUGAGAGGCUGAAGCUAAAUGGCAUCGCAUUAAACAACAUGGACUGCUCGCACUGUUCUUGUGUUUUUAACGCAGACAGACAGCAGGUGGCGAAAACAUUUAGGGCCGAGGAGGGGAAUUACAGCAGAGAGGUCAUGACCAUGUGUACUAGUAAUUCAUUGUUUUUCAUGUCAGACUGUUAAACUGAACCUGUUGCUCUGAGUCACAGAAGAAGCACUCAGAUCUUUAAGUAAAGUAGCAAUAAUACAAUACAAAAAUACUCCAUUAUAUGUACAAAAUUCUGCACUCAUGGUUAUGUUUGAGGGACAGAGUGACCUCAGUAAUAGAACUACUUGGUAUUAUUCCUGUGGAAGCAUCAUUUCAAUAUUUAAGAUGGUUGAGGAGGAACAGAUUUUACCUGCCUUGUUUACUGCUGAGUAGUUUGUAAGUGGUUUGUAAAUGCAUCUGGAGUUUAAAUAAUUAUUCAAAGUCAAACUUGCCCUUAACUGGUUUUGUUUGUACGAGUUUCCACACCAAAUAAUAAUUUGAUUGAGUGCACUUUGUAUGAAGUUCCAUCUAUCCAUCCAUCCAUCAUCUAUCCACCGCUUGAUCCUCAUUAGGAUCACAGAGGGACUGGAGUCAGGGGACACCCUGGACAGCUCACCAGUCUGUCACAGGGCUACACAGAGAGACAAACAAUCACACUCACAUUCACACCUAAGGACAAUUUAGAAUUAUCAAUAAACCUCAGCAUGUUUUUGGACUGUGGGAGGAAGUACCCAAAGUAAACCUACACAUGCACAGGGAGAACAUGCAAACUCAAUGAAGAAAGAUCCCAGGGUGCUGGGUAUCUUCUAGCUGUGUGGCAACAGUGCUAACGAGCUAACCACUAUCCACUGUGCAGCCCCGUAUAAAGUCAGUUUAUAUGUAUGUGUGUGUGUGUGUGUGUAAAUAAAUCAUGGCUGUAUUUUUG